AUGGCACCGGCGUUGAUCGAGAGAUGGAGGUUGCAUUCCGAGCCGGGGGCUUUUGCAAAUGGGCCAAAUGGAAUUAAAUCGAACCGAGAUCUUGACCCAGUCCCAUUCAAGUCGGAGGAGAGGAAAUGGACGUGGCCGUCACUGCUGGGAUUUUGGAUUGCUGAAGCAUUCAGCAUAUCCAUGUAUCAAGUGGCUUCCUCGUCAAUCACAAAGGGACUCAGUCCAGGCUUGGCUAUUCUUGCAGUCAUAGUUGGGCACAUAUUGGUUUGUAUUCCAGCUAUGCUUAACGGCUAUAUUGGUUGCAUUUAUGGAAUUAAUUUUCCUGUUCUGAUGAGGUCGACUUUUGGUAUAUGGGGAGCUUACUUUGGCGUUUUCGUACGAGGCGUUGUGGCUUGCAUCUGGUUUGGCACACAGAGCUUUCAAGGCGGCCAGUGUGUUGCGUCUAUGAUUGAAGCCAUUUGGCCGUCAUUCAAAAGAUUCCCCAAUCAUAUACCCAUCUCUGCGCAUGUCACAUCCGCGCAAUUAUUGACAUUCUUCUUGUUCAUCAUCAUCCAACUACCCCUCUUAUACCUGCACGUGUCCAAGUUAAGAUACCUCUUUAUGGCCAAGACAAUUAUCAUGCCCAUUUUCGGCGUGACCCUAUUCACAUGGGCACUCGUUGCUGCAAAAGGAUUUGGCCCUACGUUUGCAAAGGGUACGCACAUCAAAGACGGAACCCCGGCCGUAAUUGUCUUCUUCCAAUGUGUGACAACCACCAUCGGUCCUAAGGCUACCCUUGCACUUAAUAUGCCAGAUUUUACACGAUACGCAAAAUACCCCAAGCAGGUGUUCUGGACCCAGGCAGUUGGACUUUGUGUUCUCGUCACUUUGUGUGGAAUAUUAGGUAUUACUGUUACUAGUGCGACACAGCAAGUGUACGGUGUACUGACGUGGAACCCUCUACAAGUGUCGGCGUUGUGGCACAACCGGGCCGCACAAUUUUUCUCCAGUUUAUGUUGGAUGUUCGCCGUCAUUGGGACCAAUAUCUCAGCAAACUCGGUGUCCUUUUCUAAUGAUCUGUCGCUUUGGUUCCCAACUUGGAUCAAUGCCAGACGAGGUGCGUACGUCUGCUGCUUCAUCUCGAUUGCCGCAACUCCAUGGAAUAUUCAAUAUUCCGCGGCCUCGUUCUCUGCUUUUCUUGGUGGAUACGCAAUGUUCCUUGGCCCAAUCGCUGGUAUCAUGAUGUCCGAUUUCUGGGUUCUCCGGAAGCGUCACCUCAACAUUAGGAGUCUCUACCGCAACCCUGAUAUCUACACCUUUUUCCAUGGUUUCAACCUUCGUGCAUUUGCAGCAUUCAUCUGCGCCAUAGCACCUAAUCUCGCGGGGUUAGCUAAAGCUACUGGAGGUCGAAAGGUUCCAAAGGGAGCAACUUACAUAUACAGUUUAAGCUGGUUGGUGGGCACAGUUGUUGCUUUCGUGGUAUAUACCGUCCUGGGAAAGAUCUGGCCGAUGGAGGAUAAAUUAGAGGAGGAUGAGCAUGUGGUUGAGGGGAUUGACGGAAGUGAUAGAAGCGAAAGAACGCAAAGUGAACACGAGAAGGGUGUGUACACAGGCGAAAAGGCUGUAAAUUUCUAG